GGUAAGCUGAUGCCAUUAGUUGCAUCUGCUGGGAGGAUCAAGGUCUCUAGAGCGAACGGCUUUACCUUUAAAACAGCUGUGCUGGUGCUCUUGGGUCAGCAUGUACGAGAAGUGCAGCGUGGCAUCUACCUCCUGCUGAUACCUUUGGUUCGGUAUGCUGUUAUAUUACAGGACACAGGUAAUUUCACACAGAAUGGUAUACGAGAAUCACAAAACAGAAAGCUCCAGCUGUGGGACUUCUGUAUCUCAAAAGACAACUGAAGGCCAGGACGACCUUAUCCGUCCAAAGAAACUGCCCAACCCCAUUUUGGAGUCUCACAGUCAUAGAGGGCUACAUCGUGAACUUCUCGUCAGCCACAGAUGGGGUCUUCUGCCAGAAGAGAAGCCGGAGCUCCAGCGGGUUUUGGAGCAGAGGAGACUGGAGCAGUAUAGAGAGAGAGAACAGGCCUUAAAACCACCGUCUGACCUGGAGCAAGAACUGCGCAAGAGACGCCAGAAACUCAUGGCGUACGAACAAGAUGAGUUAAGACGGAAGGAAGACUUGGAGAAAAUGCCGGAGUUUGUGCGAGUGAGGGACAACCUAAGACACAUCACCAUCUCAGGCUAUUAAACAAACUAUGAUCAAGAACAACUACAGCAAUCUAUGUCAAGCGAGAGAUCAACAAUUCCUCCCAAUACCUUCUCUUUUUGGUUUCCUCAAAAUGUAGUUUACAGUAUAUAAUUUUAUUUCAAGCCCUGCCACAAAAAUAAUACUGAAAUUGUGCAGAUCAACAAGUUUUUCAGAGAGAAUUAUUGAGAAAUAUUCUGUAAUAUUUGCUGUCAUUUUCUACUGUUCUAAACUUGGUUCCAACUGGAGUUGAUAUAUUUCAAAUUACACAAUCAAAAUACACCUUUUCUUUCAGCAUCUCCGAGGCCAUAUUAAAUGAAUAAUUCACAGAAGUGGAAAAAUGCAAUGUAAAAACAAAAACAACAAAAACAUUUAAGAAAAUUUUUGAGGUACAUAAUUUUACAACUCAGUCACAUCAGCUGAACACAUAAAACAGAAAUACUUUCAUAAAGUAUCAUCGACAAGUAUACAUAAACAGAAAGUCCUCAAGUCAUUGUUAUUAUUGUAUGGCAAAAUUGGCUCUCUAUCCCAAAGGAUAAAAUUGUUUGUGGUACCUCAAAAACCUUUUUUUGUCCGCCAUAAAUAAACUGCUUGUUUGAGGUGUCUGGCCCCUUCUUUUCUGGUUAAUAUUUCUUAACUAUGUAUAUUUAUUAGAAUAGAGACAGGUCUUUACAUAUCUGGAUUAUAAAUGUAAGAUGAAACAAACAAAUCUAUCAGUGAACAUUAAGUAAAGAAGGUAUGGGGCCUGGGUAGCUCAGCGAGUAUUGACGCUAAUUCGAAUCCAGGGUGUGCCGAGUGACUCCAGGCAGGUCUCCUAAGCAACCAAAUUGGCCUGGUUGCUAGGAAGGGUAGAGUCACAUGGGGUAACGUCCUCAUGGUCAUGAUUAGUGGUUCUCGCUCUCAAUGGGGCACGUGGUAAGUUGUGCGUGAUGUGCGGAUUGACUGUCUCAGAAGUGGAGGCAACUGAGACUUGUCCUCCGCCACCCGGAUUGAGGUGAGUAACCGCACCACCACGAGGACCUAGUAAGUAGUGGGAAUUGGGCAUGCCAAAUUGGCAGAAAAGGGGAUAUAUACAGGUGCAUCUCAAUAAAUUAAAAUGUCGUGGAAAAGUUCAUUUAUUUCAGUAAUUCAACUCAAAUUGUGAAACUCAUGUAUUAAAUAAAUU